UUCUGGAUUGACACGCAGAAGAAAUUCGAAGAUGGAUUCAUAUUUGGAUCCUACCUUUAUGUCCAUAAUUAAAGAUCCAGAUCUCCGACGCAAGGAGCAAUGGGAAAAGUCUGCCCAGGCAAAGAAAUGAUUUAAUUGUGCCAAGUUGCUCGGUUUAGGCGAUCUUGGUGGUCCUGCCUUAUCGGCUGCCGAAGAAUAUUCACUUCAUUCAAGAUACCUUGCUAAAGCAAAUUCCCUCAAUCUUUCAGAAAUCGCUGAAAUGAAAAUAAUUUACCGUGGUGGUGCCGAUAGUGAAGGGCGUCCAGUUAUGGUGGUUGUUGGCGCUCACUUUCUUCUUCGAUGUUUAGAUCUUGAACGAUUUGUUCUAUAUGUAGUUAAGGAGUUUGAGCCUUUGAUUCAAAAGCCGUACUCUAUUGUCUAUUUCCACUCGGCAGCAUCCUUACAAGUACAACCAGACUUAGGAUUCAUGAAGCGGUUACAACAAAUGCUAGGGCGGAAGCAUCAGCGAAAUCUUCAGGCUAUAUAUGUACUCCACCCAACACUGGGAUUGAGAACAGCUAUUUUGGCGUUGCAGCUUCUUGUUGAUGGAGAUGUCUGGAAGAAAGUUGUCUAUGUUGACAGAUUGAUGCAUUUGUUCAGAUAUGUACCACGAGAACAACUAACCAUUCCAGAUUUUGUCUUUCAGCAUGAUCUCGAAGUGAAUGGUGGAAAGGGCAUAAUCGUUGAUCCUAGAACAAAGCAUGUCUAUCAAAGACCGUCAGGUUGAUAUUUAGUAACUCGUUCCUUCCAGUUCGUCGGUCAACUCUUGUAAAACCUAUGUCCUCUAGCAGAGUUUUUCUAGAUCCGUGCAGUAUGUACCUAGUUGAGUUGGCAUUAUGUUCUACUUACAUUCUUUCUUAUCUUAGGAAGGUGAAUAUGUAUAUCAGCAUAUGUAUCUUGUUCUGUACAACCAAAUAAAGGCUGUAUCUAAAUGUCCCCCAAGUUCUCCCGUUGCGAU